AUGGGUGCAACUGGUUCUAGGACAGAGGACAGCAAUGCCCUCAUAGUCUGUCGAGAGAGGAAGAAUUUUGUGAGGCAAGCUCUGGAUGAGAGAAUUGCUCUGGCUGAAGCACACGUCUCUUACAUUCAGUCCCUUAAGAACACUGGAAUUGCCAUCAGAAAACUCGUGGAGGCUGAACCGUUUGUAGAGUCUUCGUUGGGCACUUCGACCUCUGCGACGCCCGAGCCUCUUGCUCUGACAGACAAGUCCACUUCUCAGUUCUCAAGCUCAUCUCCAUCGUUAUCACAGCAUGCGGAAGGAGUAGAUUCCAUCUCCCCUUCUUCCUCUUCUACUUACUCUGGCAGAUUUCAGGCGUUUAACAUGAAAUCGAGUGGAGGGUUCUCUAAAACAGUUGAGGAGAGGCCACCACUUGCAUUGACAGGAAGAGUGCGCUCAUCCUCUGAUGAUUCUCCAAAAGAAGAAGCGCCAAACUCUGACGAAUUUUCCAUCUUUGAGGAUCCUUCAGCUCCUAUUACUGAAACACGAGGAUGGGACUAUUUUGGUAUCUUCCAUUCAAUCGACGAUCAAUUUUCGUUCCAUGAUGGUAAUGAGCUGAACAACGGUACUAAGAGUCCUAAUGAUAUCCGUCGACUUAGAGAAGAGGAGGGGAUUCCAGAAUUAGAAGAGGAAAAACACUCAUCACGCGGGCGGUCCGAGGGUGUUGACUCAGAAGACGAGUUUGAGAAGACUACCUCUGAACCCUUGGUGAGAAUCUUCAGGAACCGGAGCCAAGUAAUUGAUUCUCAUCUAACAAAUGGCUCUUUUAGCCCGGAUGUGGAGAACCCGCCUCAGGCAAGUGAACAGAAAAUUGGGGAGAAGACUGCUUGUCGAGAUGGUAUACGUGAAGCUCAUGCAGUUCCUGAUCCGACGCCAGGCCGGGCUGCACCUACACCAGUCACUCCCCUCACAAGUGGAAAGAAAGAGGGCAAGAGAGAGAAUAGCUCGGAGAAUAAAGCUGAAAUGAAGGAUCUUUUUAUGAGUGUAAAGGAAAUUGAGUUGCUCUUUGUCAGGGCUUCUGAAGCUGGUAUAGAAGUUCCGAGGAUGCUGGAAGCGAAUAAAGUGAAUUUCAGUCCUCUUUCCCCUGACGGAGCAGGUGAAUUACAGUCGUUUUUUUACAUUCUUUCAUAAAGUACUCAAGCUAAACCUUUUCAUCUCGCGGUAAUUGCCAUUGUUAAUGGAUAACUUAGAAGAACUGUUAAAAAAAAAAGGGUCAAUUUUGUAAUCAUUUUAACCGUGUUUCGGUCCUUGUCUGAAUCAGUAUCUGGGCAACUCCACCCUAAUACUCUUCGAGGAGGCCCAUUUCUAGGUGGAUUGAAUCCAAGACGAAAGGCCCUGUCGCAUCCAGUGCAUCCAAAAAGAUGGACUGAUAUAAACAAUUUCCCCUUUUUGCCCUGCAUCUUAUUUUUGUUUUAUGAUUAACUCAAAAUUUAACCGAAUUUAUGUUAUCUGGUCGACUAGUAAAGUGAUUGUUAGUUUCCGUUUAACUUAACUCAUUCGUCCUCUCUGAUCAUCAUUUGGUUUUACCAGAUUUUCACCAAUAGUGUCUAACGUGACUUGUCCAAUGCAGCAUCCAGAUCAAAGGCAUCAACACUCCUCGCUGCUCUUUUUAUUUGCUGCAGGAAAGAAAUUCAUAUUACUCAAGGUAAGCAACUUCUGGAAUUCAUUUUCCACUGAAAUUUGACAUUUUUAUAUAAAAGCUGGGAAAUUAUUAAAUGUUAGAAAUAGCAGUUAGAACUUCGUGUAAGGAAGGACAGUACUCCCAGUUGAGAUGGUUGGAGCUGCACCAUAGGUUUCACCAUCUCAGUCUCAAUGAGAGAGAUGCUCGUAUGGAGCGUUUUUUAAUAAUUAAUGCAAUUAUUGUACUAUCUACUUCAGACAGAAGAGGGAAAUUAUAUAAAAAAAAUAGUCCAGUUGAUGAAGGUCCUUCCACUUUUAGUUACAGCAUUUAUGAAUUCUUUCUUCUUCUUUUUUUUUAAAUUUCUCCUUGCUUUCUGCCCACCGGUGGUAUUCAGUACGGUAAAAUAUUGAUUUAUGCAUUUAUGCCUCGAAGAUUUUAGUGCCAUGAAGUCGAGUAAUAUGUGCACUAUUUCUCCCCGGGCUUCUUUUUUUUUUGGUCCCCCCUAGUUUUCCAUAAAUUAAAAAAGUUUCAUUUCGCAAAAAUAGCUCCUUUUCUCGUGAAUUUAAAAUUUUAUCUAACGGACGUCAUUCUCGCUGACUAUAAACCAAACCGUUCAAUGUUAUGGUAUCCUAUUGAUUUUAAAAGAUUUAUUUUUGCCUGCGGAGAAAUAUUGUAUGAUAGAUUGGAUUGAGUUGGGUAUCACAUGAUGACUGAGAAGCUGGCUAAAAUUUUAUGAAUAUCAAUGCAGACCCGGUUACAACUGAGAUGAAGCAUUUGACAUGGCAUCGAUCGGUUUCUUCACUUUCUUCAUCUUCAAGAAGCCCCAUUGUUGCGGCCGUGAAAAGUGUUGUUGAGCCGUCGAGCAAUACCCUUUUGAGCAGUACGUGCAUGAAUUCAGGCAGCCAUGCGUCAACACUCGAUAGGCUGUAUGCAUGGGAGAGUAAGCUCUAUGAUGAGGUCAAGGUAAGUUGGGAAUUUCUUUGUGACUGAUGUUUCAUGGUCUCUUUGAUCUCGUGGCUCGGUUGAACAGCAGCAACCUUGUUACUGGUUUCUAAGAACUCGGUUGUUUAAUACUCCACGGUAAUUAAAAAAGUGCGCGCCAAUCUUCUUGUUAUUUUAAAAAAGUGUUGCUUUGAAGCCUUUGUCUUAAAGCCUAUACUUCAAAUUUCAAUAUUAAUAUGGAAAUGGUGAUACAUAUUUGUGGCAGGUAGUAGGGCUCAGUUUUUUUUUUUUUUUUUUUUUUUUUUUUUAUAAUUUAGAGAGAGAGAGAGAGAGAGAGAGAGUUGAAUGCUAGUGGGGGUUACUAAUUGUUAUGUACAGGUGUAUCUGGGAACUCAUGUUUGGUAAAAAUGAAAUUAGUUGCCCUACUCGACUAGUUAUCCCGGUUUGUUUUCAUCUUUGCUUUUGUCCACGAUUAUCUGAGAAUUUUCCAAUUUCUCUCCGUAAUCCUGAAAUAAAUGUAAGUUCAUUUAUCGGUCGAUUCCCCGGUCUUAUGGUCAAUGCUAGGGCUUCUACAUUAAGAGCAACAGUUUGUGGCUGCACAAUGGCUUCUGUGUCGCAUCCAACAUGGGCAUCUCUGCAAAGGACAGAAAAUUUGGGAAUGGACUUUAUAGAGGUUAUAGAAUUGACCGAAACAAAUUUUUUGGGAUGCUACUUUUCUCAUCAACUCAGAUUUAAUUUUCCUAGAAAAAUGACUCAUACAAGGCUUUAAACAGCUGACAGGUCUGAGUAGACCCGUAAACAAUCAAUCAUACGUACCUCUACCAGUCGUCGAAUUCUCCACGUUUUUUGGAAGAUUUGUUGAUAUCUGUGGCCUUUGUGGUCAGGCUCCAAUGGGCGUACUGAGAAAUUUUUUGAGUAUUUACAGGCACAUUCAAGAGCUGCCUCAUCUUUUGAUUGAGCUAUUUUUGUUAACUUGGAAGCUUAACAAUUGUCCUUCAGUUGUGGGAUUUAGAGAGGAGUGUUCAGUCAAAUUUUUUUAGAAGUUUUUCUGGAUUAAGUUGGCAUAUUUUCUAGUUGUCCUUCAGCCUUUUUUAAUUUAUUUUUAUUUUUCAGUCGACAUCUCAUUUUUCCGGGUGAGAUUAUUUUCCUAGUCCACUUUUUUCAUUUUCAGUCCGACUUUGUCAUACAACGCCUUCUAUAGAAAAAAAAAAUAAAAAUGAAGAUAUAUAUCAUACUCUGUUGCAGCAUAUUAAGAAUCAUCACUCUGAUAGCUUAAAUGAAAACUAUGCUAUGAUGUUCAGAUAUGUUAUAUUUCCUUCCCCUGUGGAUGUUGUUGAGUAGCCACUGAAGCUCGAUGUUUCUGCGACCAUCAGGCAAAUGGUGUCCUAUGUAGGAAAUAUGACAUCAAGUGCAGACUGCUUAGAGAUCAAGAUUUGAAAGACGAAAAGCCCUACAGGGUUGACAAGACGCGAGCUCAUGUUAAGGACUUGCAUUCAAGUAUAUGCAUUGCGAUCCAUAGAAUCGACUCCAUAUCCAGGAAGAUUGAGGAAAUCAGGGAUAAAGAGCUCCAGCCUCAGCUCGAAGAACUGAUCGGAGGGUAUGUAUGCUUUAGUUUUUAAACUAUUACAUUCUCGAGGUCUAUAUGUGGACUUGUCGGCAUGCUUGUUGAUAUCACUUAAUAUCCUUUCUUUCUACUAACCCAUUUACUAUUUUUAUAUUUCUCAUGGAUUAAUAUGAGCCUGGAUUAAUCAUGCAUGAUACUAAUCUCUCACCUGGUCAGGGGAUGCUCAAUGAGAUAUUAUGAUAGCAAGCUGAUGAAUGCGCUGUGAUUAAUGCCAUUUAUGCUAAUGACGGGCAGAAAAAAAUUGUCUUUUUUUUAUUUUUUUUAUUUUUCAUAUGAUCAUUCCUGAUCCUUCUUUGAAAAGUUCUAAGCAACAGGGAUUGUUUUUUCUAGUAAUCUGAGGAUAUAUAAGUCGAGCUUUCUUCUUUCUCCAUGCGUCUCAUCGACCUGGGCCCAACGUUACUUAUCUAAAGGGCUGAUCUUGUGGCCACCCAUUGCAGGUUAACUCGGAUGUGGGGGACGAUGCUUGAAUGCCACAAGCUGCAGUAUGAGAUCAUACGGGAGGCGAGCAACACUGCCAACCCCAAGGUCACUCCCCGGUCGGAGUACCUCCGCCUGGCCGCCGCCGCCCUCCAGAGCGAGCUGAACGGGCUGAAUUCGAGCUUCAACAAGUGGAUCGCUGCCCAUAGGGACUACUUACGGGCCUUAAACAACUGGCUCCUCAAGUGCCUCAAACGGGUCGAGCAAGUCGGUAGGAGGAAGAACAACGUAUUCCCACCGCCGAGAGCCGUUGGCCCUCCGAUCUACGUCGCCUGCAGGGAAUGGCUCGCCGAGCUGGAGAAGCUCCCUGACAAAGCCACAUCCGACUCCAUCAGAAGGUUGGCUAUGGAGACUUCGCGGGUUCUUCCUCGCGAGGAGAAGAAGAAGAAGAACAGCAACAACCACCAGGAAGUUAUCGGCAGGGAGGAGACGAUCGAUUGGGGCUCGUGCUUGGAGACGCUGCAGAGAUGUCUUGUGGAUCUGCUGGGUCACUUGAAGGGCUUCUCCGGCGAGUCGCAGGAGAUGUACAAAAGGCUGGGGAGCGCCAUCGACGAGGCUCGGAGGAGGUACGAGGCGCAGAAGGCGGCGGAUCAGCGUCCAUCGGAUUGUUCCAUUUAG